UUGAGUUGGCCCGACGAGGUUCUCGCGGCGGUUCUCGAAAAUUUUAUCAGAGCCGAAAUGAAAAUUAUUGCUGUUUUGUUUCUACUGUGCUCUGUCUCGGCUACAUGGCAACAACACGUUUAUUGGUCCGUCUAUUCUGGCCGUUUGCCUUUUUAUUCCGUUUUCGACCAAAAUUAUGGGCCCAUUCAUCCUGGGUCAGGCGCUGCUGGACUUCAGCCUUACUCUGGAAACGAAAUUGCGCAACGCACUUUUGAAACAACUGAGGAAACAACCGAGGAAAAAGAUCUUCAAGAAAGGCUGAAAGUGAACUCUGAACCGAGAUUCUUUGGCUAUAAUAAAUAUUUGGCCAGCGUUCUGUUGAGUUCGCUGAAUCUCCUCAACACAGUCACUUCAUUCACAACGACGACAUCGACCAUCACUGUGGCAACAAUGUACAACUGCUUCAAAUCUGACCUGUUCGUUAAUAGCAAUCCUACUCCGUGCCGACGCAAGAGAGAUGCGCUUUCCAUGUUAUUGAUUGGAGCCGCUGAUGAAAAUGAUUCGACCACUUCAUUCAGCAGCGACGGAAAGGCGGCGGCUAGUGUGUCUGAAGAGCUCCCAAAAGAAGGCCAGAACAUUGAUGCAACCCAUUUGGUAAAAUCUUCUUUGAAUGAGGAGGAAGUCCAUGUCCGCGAAUAUUUCCCAAAACAAAUUUCAAUUGACCGUUACUUUCGUCAAAAUCGAAAUUUCGGUAUUUUUGCCAUCACUGUUGUUUCGACUGUCACUUCCUAUUCGGUUUAUUAUUCAACAACUACGAGGAUUUUUUCGCAUUAUUUUGCUAACGAUGGUGUCACAUUGCUGUGUUUGUUACCUGGAAUGAAUCUUUGUUAAACUU